UCGCAUGAAUAUGAUGAUGAUGAAUUGAUGAUGGUGAGCUCGAUCGCCAUUUCUCUUUCCCCUCCUCGUUUUCCAGUUUUAGUAGGAAAUGAGACUCGCACCCAAGCGCCUCCUCUCUCUCCCCUCUCCCCGUUCCCUCCUCCUCAACCCUAACCCUAAUCGCCCCCUCUCCUCCUCCUCCUCCUCCUCCUCCUCGUCCCCAGCUCCGAACCCUGACCCAAACCCUAGCGCUGGUCCUCGCGGGCUCACCCCGCUGGAGCAGCAGUUCGCGAACUGGGUGGAACGCCUCCGCCCGGGGUUCACCGGCGCCGACGUCGCGGCGGCGGUGCGCGCCGCCGCCGACCCCGACCUCGCACUCGACCUCUUCCGCUGGGCCUCGCUCCGCCCCGGCUACCGCCACCCGCCGGAGGCCUACCUCGCCGCCCUCUCCGUCGCCGCCUCCUCCGGCCGCCUCGCCGCCGCCGAAACCCUCGUCUCCGACGUCCUCUCCGGCGCCUGCCCCGUCGACCUCCCCCUCUUCAACGCCGCCGUCCGCUUCUGCUGCUCCCGCCCCCGCCUCCUCCCCCGCGCCUUCGACCUCUUCAACAAGCUCCGCCGCUCCCCCGGCCACCGCCCCUCCCUCGACACCUACAACCUCCUCCUCUCCGCCCUCCUCCGCCGCAUCGGCCGCCCCCCAGCCGCCCACGCCUACCUCCACGCCGUGCGCUCCCUCGCCCGCCACAUGAAGGCCUCCGGCGUCGUCCCCGACUCCCUCGCCCUCAACCUCAUCAUCAAGGCCCACGCCCGCUGCCUCGACAUCGACGGCGCCCUCCGCGUCUUCAGCGAGAUGCCCCUCUACGGCUGCGACCCCAACGAGUUCUCCUACGGCUACGUCGUCAAGGCCCUCUGCGAGAAGGGCCGGGUCGACAAAGCCAUGGCCUUUCUCAGGGAGAUGAGGGGCAAGGCCCUGGUGCCCACCGCCUCCGUGUACAUGGCCGCGGUGUCGAGCCUCGCGCUGGAGCGGAGGUUCGAGGAGGCCGUGGAGGUCGUGCUCGACAUGUUGGGGAACGGGAGGGCGCCGGAUUUGCUGACGUACCGCACGCUGCUGGAGGAGAUGUGCAGGGGCGGGCGGGCCGACGACGCAUUCCAGCUGCUCGACGAAUUGUCGAGGAGGAGAGGGGCGAUGGAUCGGAGGACGUACUCGGACUUGCUGGAGGGGCUCCACUGGAUUUGCCAGCCUGUGAUUGCUGAUCGAACCUGCUCGAAUGAUGCCAAUGCUCAGGAUUGAUGCGCGCUGCUUCGGCCGAUUCAUUGACGGAGUCGAUCUUUAUUUCGAGUUGCAAUGCGCGAAACGAACUGAAUCUUUUUGAGCAAGUGAUGCUGCAGUGCACUUAAUUUCACCCCCAUCAACGGCACUGAGCAUCUGCCGUUGCUGCACGCGAAUUGUUCCGAAGCAGUUGCAUAUUUUCAAAGAAUGGUUCUAUGUAGGGCAUGUUGUAGCGUGCGCCAUCGGAUAUUGCUGGACUCAGAAAUCGAGAGGUAGGUGUUUAAUAAUGCGCCAAUCAUGUGAAUUGUGUUUAAUGUAUAGAAUCCAUGAGAAGAAUUAUGUGUAGUUGAGAUAGUAGCAAAUUUUGUUUGAUUUGUGCAUGUCUUUGGCUUCUUUGGCUUGUUAACUUUAUAUUCUUCUUCUCUUUUACUGUGCACUUCUGAGAAUACCUCAAAUCAAAUGAAUGUGGUGCAACUUUUGUUGUGUUCUUCUUAAA